AUGCGCUGCUCACUGAUCACUCCGCACGAGAUCAUCGACAACGGUGCCAAGAUCGAGCCGGCGAUUCCGAUAGUCAUCCUCCUACGAGCGGGCGUGCUAGUACCGGUAGCGGCGGCGAAGCUAGGAAGCUACCACGAGGUGUUCGCCUCUUUCUUCCAGAACGGGCUGAACUACAAGAAGCUCGCAGACAAGGACGGCCAGGAUCUCGUGCUCGAACCCCACGAACAUCUCGUCCUCAACCCGGCCUCGUCUCAGCUUCCUCCCAAGCUGCAGCUCGUUAGCUUCAACGUCAUUGAGCUCCCAGGCUUGGAGCCCGUCGAGUAUCCCUCCCACGAACUGUUGAACGAGUCGGUCGGACUACUCAUUUCAGGAAGUGCAUCGAACGCCUAUGAUGACCUCAAAUGGAUCGACGACCUGGUCGAUUUUUCGGGGAAGUUGGUCGCCGAAUACGGCCAUCUGAAGCUCUUCGGGAUCUGCUUCGGCCACCAAAUCUUCGCCCGAGCGCUCGGCUCUCACGUCGUCCGCAACCCGCUGGGAUGGGAGUUCGGGAUCUUCGAGGUCGCGCUCAGCCUGCUCGGCCAGUCCCUCUUCGACUACACCCACGCCCACCAUCCUCAACCCGACCUGCCAUCCCCAUCGCUUCUCCGGCUGCACCAGGUCCAUCGAGACAUUGUGGCCAGUCUCCCUGAAGGCACCCACAACCUCGGCACGACGCCAAACUGUGCCGUCCAUGGCUUCGUCAAACUCGGCCCGACCUUCGACCCCACACAGCUCGACUCGCCGGGGAAAGAGCCUGCGAAGCUGGAGGAGCAUGUCCGCCUUCUCACCCUCCAGGGGCACCCCGAAUUCACCCUCGAGAUCCUCAUCGACUCCCUCAAUGCUCGCACUAAAAACGGAUCCGAUUGGGCUAUCGUCGACCGCAACUCGUUCCGCUACGCCAAAGAUUCUGCCGCUAGAUUCCCCAAGCCUCUCGACCAUCAUGGCUUCUUUAUCUCCUCGAAAUUCCUCCAGAUCAUGCAUAUCCUCUAG